AUGCACAACGGUCUCGUCGAUCCAGUCGGUACUCCAGUGCCUUAUCCGCGGUCAACAAACUCAGAUGCCUACCUGGCCACGUCCUCUGGUAUAGAACUGCAUAGUGUUCCGGCCAGAGAUGGCCAGAGCAAUGAAGCAUCGGAUGAUGGGGUUCCCGGUUCUCGGGGGUUUUCCCUGCCCCCUGUAGAUGAAGGAAAAGACGCAUGGCUCUGUCUAAUGGGAGCCUUCGUCCUAGAAAUGGUGGUCUGGGGAUUUGCCUUCUCAUCUGGAGUGUUACAGGAUUAUUAUACCUCAACCGAGCCAUUCUCUCGUAACACUGCUAGCGCGUCUGUCAUAGGGUCGUGUUGUAUGGGUGUUUUGUACCUGGCCUCGCCCAUCAGUCUCUUCCUUCUUCAGCGCUGGCCACAGUAUUGCCGGAUGAGCAGUCUGUUUGGUCUAGCAGUUGCGGUCAUCGGCCUAAUCGCAUCCUCAUUCGCCACAAAGAUCUGGCAGCUCAUUAUCACCCAAGGUAUCAUAUACCCACUCGGCGCAUGCAUGCUAUACUAUCCGGUUCUGUUGUUUAUCGAUGAAUGGUUUGUCCGGAGGAAAGGACUUGCUUUCGGAGUGUGCUGGGCUGGGAGUGGCGUAUCAGGCACCGUAUUCCCGUUCCUCAUCCGAUGGGCACUCUCACGAUUUUCAUUCAAGGUCACAAUGUGGGCUUGGUCCGUGGGCUUCACUCUCCUUGUGUGUCCGUUUUUGCCGUUCGUGAAGCCGCGGAUACGGGUUGGCGUCGUUCAAGUGCCGAGGCCACAAGAACUGAGCUUCAGGUUCCUUCGAUCGCGGCCAUUUAUCAUCUUCCAGCUAGGGAGCCUUCUUCAAAGUAUCGGUUAUUUUGCUCCCUCCCUUUAUCUUCCGACCUAUGCCCGGACAGUGGCCCGUGAAAGUGGCUUUGGUGUCACUGCGCCCGUGACAUCCCUGAACGCUGGCACGGUGAUCGGGUUUAUACUAAUUGGCUAUUUUAUUGACCACUGGCAUGCUGCAAAUGUCAUCCUCGUUUGUACUGUUUCCACGAUCAUUGGAGUGUUUGCGAUUUGGGGCUUAUCGGUUUCUUUGCCGCCGCUAUGUGUUUUUUCUCUGCUAUAUGGCAUCUUUGCCGGGAGCUCCAGUGCUACUUGGCCAGGGAUCGUCAAGGCAGUUAGGAACGCCGAUAGUACUGCACCGGUAGGACUGAUAUUAGGUCUCCUAACGGCUGGCCGAGGAGUUGGCUCUAUAGCGUGCGGUCCUAUCAGCGAAGCCUUGAUCAGCUCCAAGUGGCCUUGGACCGGUACCCCUGGAGGCAUGGGAUAUGGGACAAGUUUCGGCGGUCUGAUCAUUUUCACUGGAGCCACCGCUUCUUUUGGUGUACUGGGGUUUGUCGCUCGACAAUUCGGAUUCCUACGUUGA